AUGGCCGCCGACCUGAGGCAGGCUCUGCUGCCGUCGGCGGCGAACGACCCGCCCGCGCAGGCCGGGCGCGACGCCACGGAUCCCGAGGGCAUUCCCUUACUGGCAGAUGGGGUAUUGCCACCCACGCUGCCAAGACCACCACGACUGCGCGAUGCAUACUCCUUGAAGUAUAUCUACAUGGGGGCCUGGGAAGGGCUGUUGGUGCUGCAGUUUGUCCUGACCAGGACUCUUGCAGAGACACUGAAGAUGCCAUCGGAUGCUGAUGCUUUUGACACACACCUGAUGUAUGAGACUGUGUCGCAUUUUUUGCUGUUCGGUUUCCUCCUGGGAUGGUUCAUUGACAUCACAGAGUACAACCGAUUCAGUUGGCUGUUCACCUGGGACCGCUGGUAUUUCUUUUUGAUCUUCUUUGUGACAAGCCCCAUAUACUCGUACGUGAGCGACUAUGGAUGCAUGGCACACAGCAUGGAGGACAUCACAAGCUGGGGGCCCGGCAUGUGGGCUGCUGUUGGAUCAUUGGGUGGUGUCGCCGUGAUCUUCUUGCUGGUCCACCUCUACUUGGCUGCAAGGCGGAAGACAGCAGUGGGCUUUGUUGUGUAUCUGCUCUCAAGGCUCGUUGUUUUUGGGUUUUAUGUUGUGGCAGCUGUUUUUCUUGGGCACAAUCACUACUGCAAUGUGCACAUCCAUCACUACUUCACGGCCUGGUGCAUAGCACUCUUCGCAGAAUUCAACCACCCGAUUUCUGCUCUGAUGCUGGCGAUGUCGGCUUCCAUAUUUGUCCAAGGAAGCUCCUCUUAUUCUUGCUCGCCCCUCUUCACCAACGACGACUGCCUGGUGUCGGUGAGGCCCACCACGGAGGCCACCUGCAUCUUCCAGGGUGGACAGAACUUCACGCUGAGGAUUUGUCCAGGAGAGGGCAGCGCACCAUUCGAAGAGGCCACCUGCUACGUGGGCGACCAGCUCCAGCCCGACGUAAAUUUUCUCGCACCUAUGGGACUCCAAUAG